AUGUGCUUUAGUAGUAUCGGAGUUGAAUUCCGCUCUCCCAAUGAACUAUCAUCCUCUAGCUCAGCCAUCUUUGCAGCAGCCACUCCCACCUCUGGUCCCUCGGUAGCCGCCGGAGGCCCAUCAGCUGGUUCUCAGCCUGCGAGAACUGAAGGUAUAUUCGAGCAAUUACCCUGGCCCUCGGAGCCCGGCCCACGUCUCGACCUUGAUGAGAAGAUUUUCUGGGCCACUUCAGAACGUUGUGGUAGACGGAUGCAAACCGGAGAGUUUGUUUCCAGCUGGAGAUGGACUGGCUUUCACUUCGGCCUCGACGUUGUCAUAAAAUACAAGCGGAGAGUCUUCUAUGUGAUCCGUUUUACUGAACCAACAACUGCUGACGGUGCUGUAUCGCAUGCCUUGCGGCAUCGGUUGCUCCUCUUCAUGCGUGUUAUUUCCGCCCAGAAUAAGGCAUUUUCCGAGCCUCAGACUAUUUCCGAUCAGAGCGAACCAACCACAGAUCCCGAUAGAAACAGAGUCGGUGAACCUGCUGAUGCUUCUGGCGAGUUCCGUACUGCCGAGGUCUCUGGAACGCCUGAUUUCGCUUCAUUCAAUGCUGGCGCCUACUUUUCAUGCCCCCAUGUCGUUUCAACUCCUGGAGUCCUCUCGCUG